GGGUGAGAAACAACUUGAAAGAUAGUGAAAUUUUUGGCAAUAUGGAUCUCCUGGAGCCUUAUUUGAAUAAAAUUUUCUUGAUGUUUUUGACUGAUAAUCAGUACUUACAUUUGGCAGGGGAAGAUUUGAGAGUAUCCAGAGAUCAUGUUUUUCAUUUAACUUUUCCUAAAGAUUGGAAAUUAAAUAAUAUUUUACAAUUAUUUAGUCCAUUUGGCAAUGUUCAUGUAUCUUGGAUCGAUGACACUUCUGCCUAUGUUGGGUUGGCCAAGCGAGAUCAAGCUGCAUUAGCAUUCAAAACCCUAUCUCAAAGUGAUUCUUACAGUAUUAUGCUGUAUGAUAGAAGAAGAGCUAUCUUAUCUGGAAUAUCGACACCUUUAUGUUCCCCUAAAAUAGGCAAAAAAAGAAGAUCAUCAGAAAGUCUUCCUAGUUCCAAAAAACGAAGAACAGAUAGUUUUGGCAGCGUUAGCGUUUUAUCGAAACGUUCUAUUGAUCGCAUUGAGGAGGAGAGGGAAGCAGACAAUGAGAACGUAAUAACGAAAACUAAGAAAACAUUCAGCGAGGACAAUAGUUGGGAUUAAAAAACGCCAUUUCAAAAAAUAUUCGAUUUAUACAUAGAAAAUAAAUAUUAAAUAUUUUCAAAUAAGAUCUA